UUUUCUUGUUGCGCUAACGUGCAGAAGACAUAGGUAGAUCAUGUUGGCCGCGUGCACCAUUCACACACAUGUAGGAGACAGUCUGUCCGCAUCCUGACGGAGUGGAGCCACCCAACUUUCUCCAGAAACUGCCUUUCCCUGCUGUUCCUGUUGCCGGUACAUGCUGUUCACCUGCGUGCUCACGGCUAUAAUCCUGUAUCUGCCUGUUCUCAAGUAAAGUGUUACACCUUCUUGGAUGACUCGUCAGCUUUCUAACCGAAGCCCUGCAUCGGUCGGUAACAGUCCUGAAUCAGCAACCGGGGGUCGUAACUUCCCCACAGAGGCAUAUCCCUUUUUUUGUAAAUGGGAAGCUAAUUUAUGCAACAGAAGGUUCGCUUCCCUAUUUUGAGCUCUUUUUGUACAUGAACAAAGACUGUUUAAUGAUCCAGAUAUAAGCAUAUCCUUCAGUGUAAUAUAUUAAAAUUGUGUUUGUACAAAUUAUUAAAUUCAGCAAAAGAAAUCAUGGCAACAUCUUCUGAGCUGUUGGCAAUAUUGGAAGAUUUAGCAGAAGAGGAGUUUCGAAAGUUCAGAUGGUUUCUGCAACAGCCGGAGGACUUGAAAGAUUUCCCUGCAAUCCCGAGAUGCAAACUAGAGAAUGCAAACAGGAUGGACACAGUGACUGAGCUCAAAGAGACUUAUAACAAAAAUGCAGUUGAAGUGGCCGUUAAAGUUUUGAAGAUAAUCAGAAGGAAUGACUUGGUGCAGCGGUUGGUAAACAUCAACCCAGCAUCAAAAGAAAUUCUUGCUACCUGCCAACAUAAACUAAAAUCCAACCUUCAAAAGAGGUUUCAACAUUUGAGUGAAGAACCUACUAAAUCUGAGAAGCAUGUGUCCAUGAAUGAGCUCUACAUUGAACUUGAUGUAAGAGAGGAAUCUCGUCCCUUGGAACAAACCAUGAGUAAGGACCUCUUCAAAACCAUCUUUAGUCAAUGUUCAUUGAGAACAUUAAUGACAAAAGGGGUGUCUGGUAUUGGGAAAACUGUACUCACACAAAAACUUACUUUGGAUUGGUCCACUGACAGAGAAGCAAAUGAUGUGGAGUUUGUGUUUCCGUUCACUUUCCGAGAACUAAAUCUUCUGAAGGGGAGAGAUUAUAGCUGGUUGGAUCUUAUUCAUUACUUCUUUGCUGACAUUAAAGAAGCAGGAAACCGCAGUUUGGAUAAACUCCAGAUUGUGUUUAUCUUUGAUGGCCUAAAUGAGUGUCAGUUCCCUUUGGACUUUGACAACAAUGAGAUCCUGACUGAUAUAACUGAUACUGCUUCGGUGGAUGUUCUGCUCACGAACCUUAUCAUGGGAAAACUAUUCCCUGCUUCUCGCAUCUGGAUAACCACGACUCCCGAGGCAGUCAGCAAAAUCCCUCCACGAUACAUUAAUAUGAUGACAGAAGUAAGAGGCUUCACUGACCCAAUGAAGGAGGAGUACUUCAGGAGAAGAUUUCAAAAUAAAAAGCUGGCCAGUAGAAUUAUCUCUCACAUUAGAGCUUCCCGAAGCCUUCACACGAUGUGCCAAAUCCCAGUCGUGUGUUGGGUCGCUGCAACCGUUUUGGAGGACAUGUUGAAAGGCAAUAAAAGAGACGAGGUGCCAAAGACCCUGACUGAAAUGUACACACACUUCCUGGUGGUUCAGUCCAAACAAGCAAAUGAAGGGGCUGAGACUCCUCCACUCUGGAUCACAGACACAAUCAUUUUGUCGCUGGGAAAACUUGCUUUUGAGCAGCUGAAGAAAGGAAAUGUGAUUUUCAGUGAAAGAGAUCUUAUAGAUUGUGGUAUAAAUGUCAGAGCAGCCUUACUGUACUCAGAUGUGUUUUCAUACAUCUUUAUAGAAGAGUUUGGGCCAAACCGGGAAAAACGUUUCAGUUUUGCUCAUCUAAGCAUUCAGGAAUUUCUGGCUGCUGUUCAUGUCAGUGUGUCAUUCAUCAGUUCUGGUGUCAACGUCUUGUAUGAGGGACAGUCAACCUGUCAAAGAUCUGAAGACACUUCAGAUCAAUCUCCAGGAAACAAUAUUUACCAAACUGCAGUAGAGAAGGCUUUACAGAGUCCAAAUGGACACCUGGACUUGUUUCUCCGCUUCUUGUUUGGCUUAUCACUGCAGACCAAUCAAGCUCUUCUUCAAGACUUAUUUAAACAGUCAGGCGCUAACUUAGAGAGCAGUCAGGAGAAAGUCCAAUACAUCAGACAGAAGAUCAGGGAGAAUCCCUCUCCAGAACUGUGCUUCAACCUCUUCCACUGUUUAAAUGAGUUGAAGGAUCAUUCUUUAGGGGACGAGAUUCAAAUGUACCUAAGUUCAGGAAGUCCACAGUCUAAAAACCUGUCUCCUUCCCAGUGGUCAGCUCUAGUUUUCAUCUUGCUGUCAUCAAACAGUGAGCUGGAUGUGUUUGACCUGAAGAAAUUCUCUGCUUCAGAGAAGGAACUUCAGUAUCUGCUGCCAGUGGUUCAUACUUCAAGUCAAACUAUUCUAAGUGGCUGUAAGCUGUCAGAGAGAAGUUUGAAUGAUCUGGAGUCCGUUCUGGGAUCACCAUCCUCCAAUUUGAGAGACCUGGACUUGAGUUACAACAGCGUGAUGGAUAAAGGAAUCUUGCACCUUGCAAGUGGUUUGACGAAUCAGGAAUGUAGACUAAAAACUCUCAGGUUGAGUGGUUGUGAUUUGACAUCCUCUUCUUGUGAAGACCUAUCCUCACUUCUCAGCUGCCAGUCCUCUAGUCUUAAAGAGCUGGAUCUUUCCAGCAACAAACUGGGAGGAUUAGCAAUACAGAAACUUUCUGUGGGAUUGGAGACUCCACAAAGUGGAAUUGAAACUCUCAGGCUGAUUUGCUGUGAGCUGACAUGGAAAGACUGUGAUGCAGUAGCCUUCUUCCUCAGCUCCAAGCAUUCCAGUGUGAGACAUCUGGACCUGAGUAUAAACAACUUCCAGGAUUCAGGAGUACUGAUUUUCAGGAGUGGACUUGAGAGUCCAAAUUGCCAACUGGAAACACUGAGACUAAGUUUUUGCGACUUGUCAGAAAAAAGCUGUGAAGUUCUGGCUUCAGUUCUUGGUUCCCAGACCUGGUCCUCCAGUUUGAAAGAGCUGGACUUAAGUAACAACAACUUGCUGGAUUCUGGAGUGAAGUUUCUCUCUGCUGGACUGGAGAGUCAGCACUGUAACCUGGACGCACUCAGGUUGAGUCGGUGUAAGCUGUCAGAGAGAAGCUGUGAAGUUCUGGCUUCAGUUCUCGGCUCUAAAGCUUCAAGUCUUAAAGAAUUGGACCUGAGCAGCAACGAUCUACAUGAUUCAGGGGUCAAGCAGCUUUCUAAAGGACUUGAAAGUCCACAAUGUAUCCUGGAAACUCUCAGGCUGUCUGGCUGUCUGGUCACAGAGGUGGGCUGUUCUUCUUUGGUCUUAGCUCUGAACUCCAACCCCUCCCACCUUAAAGAGCUGGACCUGAGCUACAACCAUCCAGGAGACUCUGGAGUGAUGGCACUGUCUGCUGUUCUGGAGGAUUCCCGGUACAGACUGGAAACUCUAAGAGUUGAUCAUGGCGGAGUGGAGCGGUUAAAAUCUGGUCUGUUAAAGUAUGCCUGUGAACUCACAUUGGACCCAAACACAGCCCACAGACAGCUUGUCCUGUCAGAGGACAACAAACAGGUGACAUGUAUGGAGGAGGAACAACUUUAUCAGUAUCAUCCAGAAAGAUUUAAUACCUUCAAACAGGUGAUCUGUCAGAAUGGACUGACUGGUUGCUGCUACUGGGAAAGUAAAUUAAGUAUAAAAAAGGGAAGCUGUUUUGUUGGGGUAACUUAUAAAGGAAUCCGCAGGAGAGGAGAUGAUAAUGAAUGCAGGCUUGGACGCAAUGACAAGUCCUGGAGUAUGUGCUGUGAUGAGUACUACUACGCUUUGCACAAUAACAUAGAAACACAUUUAGCUUCACCUCAGCCGUCUACUGGUAGAGUUGCAGUGUAUUUGGACUGGCCUGCUGGCACUCUUUCCUUUUACAGGGUCUUCUCUGGCACACUGACUCAUCUUUACACAAGUUACUGCAGAUUCACUGAACCACUUUAUCCUGGCUUUGGUUUUGAGAUUAGGUACGCAUUAUCAGAGUAUGACUUUGCAGCGGCUUUGUGUCCAGUUGAUGAGGGAUCAAAUUCUGAUGGAAGUGAAGAGAAGACAUAGUUGAAUUCUUGUCAGCCUUUAAUAGUUUUGACUUCAGUAACACUGAAUGUCUACAAAUUUCAAUAAUAAUGGAUGUUGCUGUGGCGUCCUUGCGUAUAUUCAAAUAUAAA